GUUUUUCCUGCUUUUUUUAAAAAUUGCGCCAGGACAUUAACAUUAAGGAAUCUGUCCGUUGACAAAAAGAAAUAAUGAUGUUGCACGCGUCUGGAAAGAGAAAAGUUAAAGAAGAAAUAGAUGCCAAAACUUAUCUGGAGGAACGCUUAGCAGUUAUUGAUGUACAUGCCCAAGAUCGAAAAACGUCUCGAAAAAUCGUCGCAGACGUAUUGGACGAAAUUAUGAAGUGUUUUGGUGAAGACACUAUUUUUAGUAAAGUUAUCAGAAAGUCCGGCAGUUACGCAACUAAAACGAAAAUAAAAGCAGCUGACGAAUUUGACUACGAUAUACCCCUCAAAUCGCCAGACCGUUAUCGUGUCCAAUUUACUGAUCAGUCUGGAAUCCCUCAACGGCGUCCAGAUACUUAUGCGAGAAUAUUUUUCGAUGGAAAGCGUGAGAUGCCACCAAAUUCCAUAAAAUGUCUUCUUGACCAGUAUAUGAACUGUGCGUCGCAGUCAAUAAAUUGUGUCAGUGUCGACAAAACAUUCCAUGGACCAGCAGUCACGAUGCAUAUCUUAGUCCACAACUUUCAUGAUAUAUCUGUCGAUAUGUCUCCAUCACUACUAACGAAUCAAGUCACUUUGCGUGAUUAUCGUUGGCCUCGUGACCAAACUACAUAUGUGUUACCACAGCAAGUGAUUCAAGAGAUCGAAAAAGUUGGUUUGCAUUUAGUUCCUAAGGGAGAAAAUUUGUGGAACAUCUCAGUAUCACGAGCUGAAAGAGAAUUGAUGUCCAGAAUUGAUCAUGAUAAUGGAUGUCGUAAGAUGUGCCAUAAGUUGCUAAAGUCUGAUUUUGAUGAAUGGAGUAAACAUUACAAUUUGGAUGGAAUCUCAACAGUUUUAUUCAAGCAUGAAUUGUUUUCGUUGAACGAAGAACAGCCGUGGUUAAACUGGGCGCGUAGCCAACUUUACGAAAGGUACUGUGAUAUGUUGCAGGAUUUAAGUAGACGACUCCACAGAAGAAGAAUUUCUAAUUAUUUCCGUCCCACGGAAAAUCUGUUGGAAGGAAAAUAUAUAUCAGUUCUUAAUAAAUUGGCAAUUCUUGCUAUGAAUAAAAGAAAGGAGAUUAUUGAUAUGGAAUCAAGAGCCACGUAUAAAAGAAGAAGACCCGUACCUUCGCGAUAUGACCAAUGGGCUAACCUUUACCGAAUGUAGCUCAUAACAUUUUGUAAAAUAUCUAUAUUAUGUAAAAUAUCGAUUUAGAAAAAAAAUGUUCCUCUUA